AUGUCAAAGAAACAUUUCAAUCCGUUGGAAGAUCCGCCGACCGCAUCAUCAAGCGACGAUGAUGACCAAAUGGAGACGACUUCUCUCGCAGGAAACUCUUCCUCGGAAGAAGAAACCGACGACGAGUCCUCUAAAACCCCAUCGUUGAAGAAACCAGCUGAGUCUUCUGCUCAGCAAGCGAAACCUUUGACGAAAUCUUCUACAAAGAAGCGUUCUUUAAGCGAGACAGAUGGAGCAGCAGCAGCAAAGAAGAAGGUCAAGAGUGGUGGAUCAGGAGGAGAAGAGACCAAGAAGACUUAUUUCCAGCGAGUUUGGAGCGAGGAAGACGAAAUUAAUGCUUUACAAGGGCUUAUCGAUUACAAAAACGAUACUGGUGCAAGUCCUUAUGAUGACACGAACGCGUUUUAUGGGUUUGUGAAGAAAUCUAUUAGCUUUGAUGUUAGUAAAACCCAAUUCAUGAAGAAGCUUAGGGGUUUGAAGAAGAAGUGUGAGAACAAUCUUGGUAAAGAGAAGGAGCUUGCGUUUUCUAAACCUCAUGAUCGUAAGGCCUUUGAUUUGUCCAAGUUUGUUUGGGGAGCUGAUGGGGUGGGUUUGGAUUCUGCUGUGAAGUCGAAGAAGAAGAAGAAGAAGAGCAGUAAGAAGGUUGAGGAUGUGAAGCAAGAGCUAGCUUCUUCUCCUUCUUUGCCUAAUGGUGAAGACGAGGAGAUUGGUAAGAAAGGAGAAGCACCGAGUGUUGUGGAAGUGGAUGCGUUUGACAAGUCUGUUCUUGUUACGGCGCUGACGCGUUUCGGUGUGGAUGACCUUUCUGCUCAGAAAGGUUGGAGUAGGCUUGCGUUGCAGCUUAGGGAAUUGGAGUUUUAUUCGAACAAGAGCGGUUUCGUUCAUGAGGUUGUAACAAAGAUGGCUGAAGCAUUUCGACCAAACCCUUGA